AUGGAUCAAGAACCUCAACAUUCUCAAAAUGAAAACUCUUCCAAACCAGAGAAACAAGAAAAAGUCGACGAGGAGUAUGAAGAUGAUGUCAUAGACUCUGAUGAAGAGAUUAUUGAAGGAGCAGACCGCAUGGAAGGGGAGGAAGUUGACAAAGAAAAUGGUGACCAUGAAGAGGAAUAUGAUGAAGAUGACGAAAAAGAUUUGUCUGACUCUGAAUUGGCUCGUCGCGAUGAAGAGGAAAUGAUGCAACAAUCAGCAAAGAGAGUGUGUUAUAUAGCAAAGAAGUACUCUUCAUCCCCCGAUGACCGAAAACAGAAGAUUGAUUUCAAUGAUGGUGUGAUGUGUGUCUCAAUCUCAAAAGACGGCAACUUCAUUGCGGGUGGUUCCUGCGAUAAUUCGUUUGCGGUUUACAACGUCCCAACAAACAAAGUGUUUCAACAGACAUUUGAGAACACCGUGAGUUCGGUUUCUUUUUCCCACGACAACGCGUUACUUGCAAUCGCCAAUUACGACGCCACCAUUAAAAUCUACGACGUUACUGGGACAAUGAAAUAUUCACUCGACGGGUAUGACGAGUUCGAGUGGGUCAAAUUCCACCCACAAGGGCAUGUAGUUAUUGCUGGUUCCAAUGACGGAACAAUUUGGUUGUGGAAUGCCGACAGCGGCAAAUUGAUAACUUCACUGAGUUGUGGUAUUCCAAGUACUGUUGGGUGUGUGACUCCGGACGGGAAGAAUGUCGUUGCGGGAUACGAAGAUGGAAGUGUUCGGGUUUGGUUCCCAAAGACUGGUGUACCGGAGAAAUUCAUGGUUUGUCCACAAAACGAGUCGGUUGAAGUGACGUGCGUAGAUGUUAUGAAAGACUCUAAGAUUGGUGUUGUUGGGUCUGCGGAUGGCAAUUGCACGAUUUUCAAUGUACAAACGGGAAGAAGUCUAUCGACGUUAAAAGGCGAGAAAGAGGAUGCGUCUGUCGAAAGCGCCGUUGUCAACGCUCUUCACUCCAAAUUUGCAUUCACGGGAAGUCUCGAUGGGGUUGUGAGGAUGUACGAUAUCGACACUGGGAGACUCACGCGCCGAUUCAAACACUGUGGAGAUGAAGAGUUAUCAGUCACGAAACUCGACAUGCAACAAGGGAGUUAUAUGCUCGCGUCUUUUGGGAUGGAUUCCAGAAUCAGGUUAUGGGACGUUAGAGCCGAACAUUGUGUGAAAGAGAUGGGUGGCCACAACGACGCGAUAUUGUGUGCAGAAGUGAAUUGGGAAAAGAAACUGAUUGUGACUGGGAGUGAAGACCAUACAAUGGCGUUGUUUGCUUUGUAA